CCAAAAAAUAAAAUAUAACAAAUUAAUAUUAAGUAAUAUUUUAUUUUAAAUAUAUUUUUUUUAUAUAAAAUUAUAAAUUAUAUAAAAUUCAUAAAUUUUAAUUAAUUAUUACUAACAUGGAGAAACAUGAUACACUUUUACAAAUACAUUUAGAAAGACCUAUAUAUGAACAAGAAACUUUAAAUGAAGAUUAUCAUUAUGAAAAACCAAAAACAUUUGAUUUUCAUAAUGCAUUAAGUGAUUUAAAAUAUAAAAACUGGAAAUCAUGUUUUAUAUCUGCAAUUCCAUCAAUAUAUUGGUUAAAAAAUUACAAUUGGAAAGAAAAUUUAAUGUCUGAUAUAAUUUCUGGUUUAACUGUAGCAAUUAUGCAUAUUCCUCAAGGCAUGGCUUAUGCACUUUUAGGAAAUGUACCUCCAGUAGUUGGUAUAUAUAUGGCAUUCUUUCCUGUUUUAAUAUAUUUUUUUUUUGGCACAUCUAAACAUGUAUCUAUGGGAACAUUCGCUGUGGUUUGCUUGAUGACUGGGAAAACAGUGACAUCUUAUUCAAUAUCACACAAUGAAAUUACAACUUCAAAUGUUACUACUACAUUAUCCGAUUUGCCUGGGGAAUAUUUAUAUACACCAAUACAAGUAGCAACAGCAGUUACACUCAUGGUUGGAAUAUUUCAGAUUAUAAUGUAUAUAUUUCAUUUGGGUAUUAUAAGUACAUUGCUAAGUGAUCCAUUAGUGAAUAGUUUUACAACUGGUGCAGCAGUUUGUGUUUUAAUAUCUCAAAUUAAAGAUUUAUUAGGUUUGAAAAUACCAAAACAAAAGGGAUAUUUUAAAUUUAUUUUUACAUUGAUAGAUAUUUUAAAAGAAAUACAAAAUACAAAUUUAACUGCUGUAUUUAUAUCAUUAAUAACUAUUGUUGGUCUUAUAAGUAAUAAUGAAUUUUUAAAGCCAUGGAUAAGUAAAAAAUGUAGCAUUCCAAUUCCAAUUGAGUUGAUUGCAGUUGUGAGUGGUACUUUAAUUUCAAAAUAUUUUUGUUUCUCUACUAAAUAUAAUAUUCAAGUUGUGGGCAAUAUUCCUACAGGAUUACCAGUUCCAACAAUUCCAACGUUUAAUCUAUUACAUUUGGUAGCAAUGGAUAGUAUUGCUAUAACCAUGGUAUCUUAUACUAUUACCAUAUCAAUGGCUUUAAUAUUUGCACAAAAACUUAAUUAUAAAAUUAAUUCAAAUCAAGAACUUCUUGCUAUGGGUUUGAGUAAUGUAGUAGGAUCCUUUUUUUCAUGUAUGCCAGUAUCAGCAUCUUUAAGUAGAUCAUUAAUUCAACAAACUGUUGGUGGUCGAACACAAAUAGCUAGUGUUAUAUCAUGUACAGUAUUACUUAUAAUUCUUUUAUGGAUUGGCCCAUUUUUUGAACCUUUACCAAGAUCUGUUCUUGCAUCAAUUAUUAUUGUAGCCUUAAAGGGAAUGUUUCAACAAGCUAAUCAACUUAUAAAAUUUUGGAAAUUAAGUAAAUGUGAUGCAUUGAUUUGGAUUUCAACUUUCUUGACAGUUGUAAUAAUAAGUAUCGAUAUUGGUUUGCUAACUGGAAUAAUAAUAUCACUUGCAAUUAUUUUAUUGCAAAGUGUUAGACCUUACAUUUGUUUAUUGGGAUAUAUACCAAAUACAGAUUUAUAUUUGGAUAUGAGUAGAUUUAAAGCAGCAGUAGAAAUUCCUGGAAUAAAAAUUUUUCAUUAUUGUGGAACUUUGAAUUUUGCAAAUAUUAAUCAUUUUAAAUCAGAAUUAUAUAAAUUAAUUGGAAUAAAUCCAAAAAAAAUUAUAGAGCAUAAGAUUAAGUUAAGAGAAAAAGGAAUAUAUAUGAAUACAGAAGAUUCGGAAGAAAAACAAGAAUUACAAUGUAUAAUAAUGGAUAUGAGCGCAUUAAGUUAUAUUGAUUCUAGUGGUGUAAUUACACUAAAUUCAGUAAUGAAAGAAUUUCAACAAAUUGAUAUACAUUUUUAUUUUGUAAGUUGUACAAGUCCUAUUUUUGAAACAAUCAGAAAAUGUGAUUUGUAUUUACAUGGAACACUUACAUUUAAGAUUUUUGCCACAAUACAGGAUGCCAAAACGUACUUAGAAAAAGAACUUUAUUCAAGAUAAUAUGUAUAAUUUAUCUUUUUUUUUUUGAUAAAUUGAUAAAUUGUAUAUAUUAAUUAAUAUAUUAUUAAUAUUAUUUAAUAUAUUAAAAAUUAUAUUAUGUUUAUAAACAUAUAA